UGGUGCGAUUUAGUACACUAGCAGACAACUCUGUGGAACAAAGAUAACAAACAUUCAGCUGCAGACGGUAGCACUGGCGACUUAUGCACAGUAAGAAUCAAGCGGACAAAUCUGCGAUAGAAAAAAAAGGAGUAUAUAGUUGCCAAUUUAAGCAAUCGUUGUCAUUGCCGCAACAUAUAAGAUCAACCAUGGAGGUAAAGCAAUUCCUUGGACUGCAAGUAUUUGAAUUUGCAUACUUGAUGGCACUUGCAUUCUUUCCCUUCUUCAUUGCCCAGAGGGAAGUUGCUAUUACUAUUUUAAUGGUAGCGUCAGUCUAUGUGGUCUUCUCUGUGAUUAAGCAUGCUCUUUCCUACAAAGUUGAUCCAGCAAAUAAAGUUGUGAUCAUUACAGGAUGUGACACAGGAUUUGGUAACUCUCUGGCCCAGCGGCUAGAUUCUUUGGGCUUUACAGUGAUUGCUGGGUGUCUAGACAAAUCUUCUGAUGGGGCAGAACAGCUGAAGUCCAGUACAUCUGGCAGAUUACAUGUGAUUCCCCUCGAUGUCACUGAUGAUACAGGCAUUUCAAAUUGCCUUUCCUUUUUUGAGGAGGAGCUUCCUGGCAAAGAUCUGUGGGCACUUGUAAACAAUGCUGGAAUUAUAGUACGUGGCGAUGUGGAAUUCACUUCUGUGAAGUCAUACCAAAAGGUGGCAGAUGUAAAUCUUUUUGGCACAAUACGCAUGACUAAGGCUUUCCUACCACAUCUUAGAAAACACAAAGGACGUAUUAUCAACGUGUCAGGAGCAUCAGGAUGCAUUUCAUUACCUUCCCUGUCUGCAUACUCCAUCAGUAACUAUGGCAUAGAAGCUUUUUCUGAUGCCCUUCGUCUUGAAAUGAAACAGUUUGGAGUUAAAGUCAUCAUUAUUGAACCAGGCAACUAUUAUGGAUCAACAGGUCUUCAAAAUCGUGCAGCUCUCCCUGGAAUCCAGAAAGCUUUUGCUGCCUUGUGGGCAGAAGCACCAGAAACUGUCAGACAGGCUUAUGGGAAAGGCUACAUCGAUUCUCAGUACAAAGCUGUGGCUGAGCAAUCCAAGACAUCUGCCUCGAGCCUUGCUCCUGUCAUUGACAUCUUGGAAUUGGCCAUCAUGCAGGUCAAUGCAAAGCCUCGUUAUCUCAUUAGCGGCAGUAACCAGAUCUUUGAUUACCUAAAUGUAUUGCUGUGGUGGAAACCUUGGCUUCCAGAGAGAAUAUUUGACAAACUUGUUGAAAACAGCUAUUGUCAGAGAGCACCAGCUGUUAGCAACUAAAUGCUAUCCUGAGAUGAUUUUGAAUUAUAUUUUGAUAACAUUAGAAGAAAAAAGUUGUAUUCUGUAACUGUCCAGAAAACAGGAUGAUGUCAAAAGAUAAUCUACACAUUGAUGUAGUAAAUAUCUACAUAUUGUUUUAUUAGAAGAAAUCCAGAACAUACCUUGAUGUGGACUAGAAUAUUAUGACCUGUCAAGGAUGGUCAUCGUGAUAAUGACAGUGACAAUAUUGCUCACCGCAGAAAUUGUACACCACCAGAGCUCAUUAAUAUCAUAAACAUCAUCUGUGCUAAACAACAAAUAAUAAUAACAAUCCAGGCAUUCAUCCACUCAUCAAAACAAAUGAUAUGAACCAUUCGCUCAUUAAGCAGCAAGUAAAAGACACGAUUCAGGUUAGUACAGAAAGUUCUUAGUUCAGCAGUUGCUUUUCACUCCCUUUAAGCACAUCUGAGCAUGCUCCAUUUGUAAACCUGCCAUUUAUCUGGUUUGGUUGAGUACAGUCUGGUAUGUCAAACAUUUGCAUACCACAGCUGUAACCACAUCAGAAUUGAUCCAGAGAGCGGGCUUAUAAAUAGAAUUCACUGAAUAAAUUUUCAUGAAUUUUAUGUUCAAUGCUUAUAUGUCAACAACCUAAACAGUUUUAUGGGAGACAACUUUUGUUACAUUGUGAAAACAUUUCUUCUCACCAAAGAAAAAAAAAGCAAUAACUAUUCAGUUGUCAGGUAUUUAUUUUAUUCUUUAUAGCUUCAUAGCCAGAAACACACAUUCUUUUUCUCUCUCUGUCUCCCCCCCCCCCACCAAAACACACAUGCAGAAAAAAAAUAAGUUCACGUUUUUAUUUCGUUUAAUAACAAUGUGACACAUACUGUUAAUUGAACACCAGUGAUCAUUUUAUAUUGGUUUUUUUAACGAUUCUUCCUACAGAGUUGCCGGAUUAAAUUACAAUCUUUCAGUUCAUUUCAUUAUGAUGCCCUUGAUGUUACUGCAGUUUUGUAUCUGUUUUUAAUCUAUUAUUAUCCACCCUCAUAGAAAAGCAACUUGUAUUAAUGCUUUAAUCUGUAUUUUUUCAAUAUUUUUUUUUUUUUUUUGCUAAUCACCAUGUUUAUUUUUUACAUGCCAUAAGGUUUUAUUCUCUUUUCUUUUUGAAAGUCGAACCUACAUAAAAGAAGCAAAAAAACAAAUAAAAAAACACCUGUUUAAAAGAAGAACAAAACAGGAUAGAGAAUGAAUUAUUU